AUGCUUCGAAUACACCGUGCCGGGCGUCUGUCCUCAAGGACUCUGCUCUCUCUGCUCCCACAGACGACGCAGCGCAGCGCCUCGUCCUCGUCGAAGAAGCCCGAAAGCGAGCUCAACAGCGUGUCGAGACAUGUCACCCAGCCUAUCUCGCAGGGCGCCUCGCAGGCGAUGCUGUAUGCCACCGGCCUAUCGACGGAAGACAUGUCCAAGGCGCAGGUCGGCAUCUCCAGCGUCUGGUACAACGGCAACCCGUGCAAUAUGCACCUGCUCGACCUGAGCAACAGAGUGCGUGCUGGCGUGCAGAAGAGCGGUCUGAUCGGAUACCAGUUCAACACCAUUGGAGUCAGUGAUGGCAUCAGCAUGGGCACCAAGGGGAUGCGGUACAGCCUGCAGAGCCGGGACCUGAUUGCUGACUCAAUUGAGACAGUCAUGGGAGGACAGUGGUACGAUGCGAAUAUCAGCAUUCCAGGCUGCGAUAAGAACAUGCCUGGCGUCGUCAUGGCGAUGGGAAGAGUCAACAGGCCCAGUCUGAUGGUCUACGGAGGCACGAUACGUCCUGGCUGUGCGGCUACGCAGGGCAAUGCAGAUAUCGAUAUCGUAUCUGCGUUCCAGGCAUACGGCCAGUUCCUGACGGGCGAGAUCACGGAGGAACAGCGGUUUGAUAUUAUUCGGCAUGCCUGUCCUGGCGGCGGUGCUUGUGGUGGCAUGUACACCGCCAACACCAUGGCCUCGGCCAUCGAGGUGAUGGGCAUGACUCUGCCGGGCUCUUCCUCGAACCCAGCAGAGUCCAAGGCCAAAUUCCUCGAGUGUGAGGCUGCUGGAGGCGCCAUCAAGAACCUGCUGAUUGAAGAUAUACGGCCGUCGGAUAUCCUUACCCGCCAGGCCUUCGAGAACGCCAUGGUCCUAGUGACAGUGACCGGAGGCUCCACUAAUGCUGUGCUACAUCUUAUUGCUAUUGCGGACUCAGUUGGCAUCAAGCUGACCAUAGACGAUUUCCAGGCCGUCAGUGACCGGGUUCCUUUCCUUGCUGACCUAAAACCGUCUGGCAAAUAUGUCAUGGCUGAUCUACACAAUAUCGGCGGCACCCCAUCCCUGAUUAAAUUCCUGCUCAAGGAGGGUCUAAUCGACGGCUUUGGCAUGACUGUGACCGGUCAGACACUGGCUAAAAACGUCGAGAAGUUCCCUGACUUCCCGUCUGACCAGAAGAUUAUCAGACCGCUUUCUGAUCCCAUCAAGCCAACGGGCCAUCUACAGAUCCUACGUGGCAGUCUUGCACCUGAGGGCAGCGUGGGCAAGAUCACCGGCAAGGAAGGCACUCGUUUCGUCGGUAAGGCUCGAGUAUUUGACCAUGAAGAUGACUUUAUUACCGCGCUGGAGAACAAGGAGAUCAAAAAGGACGAGAAAACCGUGGUUGUAAUUCGAUACACUGGCCCCAAGGGUGGCCCCGGCAUGCCAGAAAUGUUGAAGCCGUCAUCUGCACUGAUGGGCGCAGGACUUGGCAACUCCGUCGCCCUGAUAACGGACGGACGAUUCAGCGGUGGCUCCCACGGCUUUCUGAUAGGCCAUAUCGUCCCUGAGGCUGCGGUGGGUGGUCCCAUUGGACUCGUCGAGGACGGCGACCAGAUCACCAUCGACGCCGAGAACAGACUCCUCGACCUCGAUGUUGCAGAGGACGUGCUUGCGCAGCGUAGGGAGAAGUGGCUGGCUCGCGAGCAAGCUGGUCAGGGCCGGCCAACGGGGUUGACUAUGAGAGGCACACUGGGCAAAUAUGCCAGGUGUGUCAAAGAUGCUAGUCACGGAUGUAUAACAGACAGUUUUUAA